GUUUGUAAUACCAACUCUCUCCCGAUCGCAAGAAUGGUCAAGAAGCGCAACAGAGAUCCAGAAGUGCUCGAGGAUGCUCCUGCGCAUCAGAAUGGUGGGGAUGAAAGCGGGAGUGACGAUGUAAUUGUCGGCUCUUCCCAAUCGCAAGCUUGUGCUGAUAAUUUCACAGGACGUUGACAUGGUCAAUGUCGAUUUCGAGUGGUUCAACUUCAAAUUCGAAAUCGACUUCCACGGAACGAAGAGUCUUCUGAGACAAUUACUCGACGUCGAUCACCAAUUAUUCGAUUUGUCAGCUCUGGCAGAUCUCAUCCUCUCACAGAAUACCGUCGGUUCCACAGUCAAGGUCGAUGGCGAAGAAACCGACCCGUACGCCUUCCUCACAGUUCUCAACCUACACGAACAUCGAGAAGUGAAAGUUAUCAAAGAUUUAGCACAAUAUAUCCUUGAGAAGUCAAAGUCAAGUCCGGACCUAUCUCCUCUUGGUUCCAUACUCUCCGCGCCCAAUACGCAAGUUGGACUCAUUCUCGCUGAGCGCCUCAUUAAUGUUCCCUCGGAAAUUUCCCCACCAAUGUACUCAAUGCUCAUAGAUGAGAUUGAAGCCGCGGUCGAAGACAAGGAGCCAUAUGAGUUUACCCACUACCUUAUUAUAUCGAAGAAUUACCGCGAGAUUGCCUCUGCCCUCGACCAAGAAGACGCCCCUAAGACGAAGAAGACUAAAGGAGGAAAGGCCAGUAAGGAAGUGUUCUAUUUCCACCCAGAAGACGAAGUCCUGCAGAAACACGCACUUCUAUCGGGAUCGUAUGAAUAUACAAAAGAUGAGGGUGACGGAAUGGCGGAUAGCAAAAGAGCAUUUUCAGAUCUGGGUAUCAAGCCUCAAGGUUCGAUGAUACUUAUAGAAGCAAGCAAGUUCCAGGGAGCCGUGAAAGCCAUUGGCGAGUAUCUGAGCCCUCCGCAAUGAAAUUUGUUCCCAUCUAGCCUCCAAUUCUUUGAAUGCAUCUAGUGGUUUUACUCUUCUAAUCUCUGCAUCAAAUAUUCGACCUCCACUUCUUUAGUCAGAGGAAUCACGAAAUCCUUAUACAUUGCAACCACAGCCUCGACGUCGAUCUUGCCUGGGCUCGCGAUACCUUGACUUGGGUCCGUACCAUAUGUCCUGGCCUUGAGUCCCAGUCGUUCCAAUACCUUCUUCUCCACGGCUUCAUUUGUAAUGGCACGGCCAAUUCCAUCCCGAUCCUCUGCCUUGAUCAACUUUGUAUACAAUUCCUUCUCGGUUUGGAACUUUGAUUCGGCCACAAAUUUUCCAAAGUGGAUUCUCUGCGAGAGUGCUUGCAGACAGGCGAUGUCGGCCGUGGCUGUGGAACCGUAAUUCUCCUCCGUCUCCCCUCGGUCUUCAUGUCUCAAGUUGGCGCAUGCCACUGGAAGAAAAUGUUCGAUGUAGCUCUUCUUUAUUUUCUCAUUGACAUUGACAUUGUUGGCGUGGAGUAUCUUCGGAUAGUUCAAGGGCUUGAGAAUGGGAUGUUGGACGGCAGUUGGGAAGAAAGGAUACUGGUCGGGAGAUUCGAAUCGUCGAAUCAGGGAGUCGAGUUUUUCGCGCUCUUGGUGUAGCCAAUCGAGAAAGCUCAGAUCGCUGUUUGGUAUGCUGACAGCUCCGGGUUUGUAAAUUGUGCCGUUGAGGGGGAACUGGACUCGCUCGAUGAGGUGGAAGGUGAUAGUAUCUUCUAACCGACUGGGCAGUAGUUAGCAUGUAAAUCUGGUGUUGUUUCAUGUUCGACAACUUACAUCAAUUGAAAACGGAUGUUGGAAAGAUCCAGAGCCUUGGAGGCAUCGGAAAGGUCUAUGGUUGAGUCCAUCCUCCCUGGGGUAGCGGGGUAGUUGGUGACAGAAAUGCGGAACUUGUGAAGUCGGAAAGCUGUGCAGGUUCGGAUUUCCGCAGAUAGGUAUUGAGGGAAGAGAGAGAGGAUUAUGUAGACAAGAUGGCAAUAAUGUCGCUUAAUUGGCUACCUCAAUCGCUGGUAUUCACUCGAGACGUG